CCCGCUAUGCCCGUUCCAUCACGGAGCGGCAUGUCCCUUCGGCUUCCGAACCAGCAUUCCUACGCGUACUACUCACGCGCAGCCCUCUAGUGCAUCAUGAUGCCUUUCCAAAAUUAUUCCGCGAGCGAUACAGUGUCGUAUGCGCUCUAGUUCCAAUAUGUGGGGUAUUCGCAUACGUCAAGCAAUCUCAAGUAAUUUACCUGGUUCGCACCUGUAGAUCGUCUGGUCCGGAAACCCGGAUUAGUUGGGUACUGGUAUAAUUCUUUCCUUGUUAUACUUACCAUGCCGUUCUUUUCAGUAACUACCUCUUCACUGUUCUCAUUCUACCUGAAUUGCGAACAAAGAUAGCACAAUGGUCAAGUCAAUUACCCUCGCGCUAUCUCUAGCAACUACCACACUCGCAGCUCCAUACACAAACAGUUCAUCAUGGUCCGGCUGGGCGAACGUAAAACAGCUCUUCGUCUUCGGUGAUUCCUACACACAAACCGGCUUCGACGUGAGCGGGACACAACCCAGCGCCUCAAACCCAUUCGGCAACCCGGCGUACCCCGGCUACACGUCCUCCAACGGUCCCAACUGGGUCGGCUUCCUCUCUACAACCUACAAUGCCAGCGACCUACUCACCUAUAACAUGGCCUACGGUGGUGCUACUGUUGACUCCGACCUCGUGACACCAUACGCCCCCACAGUCAUCAGCAUGAAGAACCAAGUCCGCAAUGAAUUCAUGCCUACCUACGGUUCGCACCCCGCGACUGCACCCUGGACGUCUUCCUCCUCCCUCUUCGCCUUCUUCAUCGGCAUCAACGACGUAGGAAACAGCUGGUGGCUCAACAACGCCACGCUCUACGACACCAUCUUCUCCGUCUAUGCCGACCUUCUCAACGACGUGUACGAAACUGGGGCGCGCAACUUCUUGUUCCUGAGCGUGCCGCCUGUGAAUCUUGCGCCGUUGACGCUCAACCAGGAUGAUGGCGGUUACGCGGUGGAAAACGAGGGGAAGGUUAUUUUAGAUUGGAAUAAGAGGCUUGAGGACAUGGUAGCGUCUUUCCAGGCGAAUCACACGGGCACGAAGGUGUUUGUGCAUGAUACGUGGGGGCUGUUCAACAAGGUUAUUGAGGAUCCCGCAAGUUAUGAGCAAACGGCCGGAUUGAAGAAUGUUACGGGCUACUGUGCGGCGUAUAUGAAUGGGACGCCGGAUUGGUAUACUAAAGACGCUUCGUGCGAGUAUCCAGUUAACGAGUACUUGUGGCUUAACGAGUUGCAUCCUACCUUCCCAAUUCAUAACGCUACAGCAGCUUCGAUUGCGGAGUUGUUGAGCAAAGAUUAGGCCAUGCAGAGAAGGAAAUUCAGUGGAUAGAGAAACCCUUGAAAUGCCCAUGUAUCUAGGUAAGUGUCACAGGACCAAUGGAAGAGAUGUGAAGAAGAACAAUCAAUUCAGAAACGCUAUAAAACUACUAUUACCAACGACCUAACUGACACAAA